UAAAACGUGUAUGCAGUGAUUAAUAUGUAACAGAUAAAAUACAAAACAAGUAAAAAAAACAUUAUAAUUAAGAAAAUAUAAAUAAGGCUGCAGAAAGUAAAAUCCAAUAAGAGCAAAGGGUGUAGAGGUGAAAAACCAGGGUGUUGUUUAGGCCCAAUAAUAAACGGGGUGUAAGAAUGAAAUUCUUGUUCCUACUUAGUCUCAAGGACAUUGUCAACCAAAAAAUUUGAUGUUGGGAAAUCCAUCACGAUCAGCAAGGCUUUGGGAAGGUUGACAGCCCUUUCACUAUAAUCAGUCCUAGUUAAAUCAGAGAACCCUUGUUUAAUCAGUCCUAGUUAAAUCAGAGAACCCUUGUUUAGCUAAUUCUUGAAGAAGUAAAUGGCCACCGCUUCCCAAGCUCAACCCCAACCACUUCCUCUUCAAGACCGAGUCGCAAUCGUCACUGGCUCCUCGCGCGGAAUCGGCCGCGAAAUCGCGAUUCACCUCGCUUCACUCGGUGCGCGAAUCGUCAUCAAUUACACCUCCAACUCGUCCCAAGCCGAGUCAGUUGCCGCUCAAAUCAACGCCAACUCCGCCACGCCGCGGGCCGUCGUGGUCAAGGCUGACGUGUCCGAACCGAGCCAAGUCAAGUCCCUCUUUGACUCUGCCGAGCGCGCCUUUGACUCGCCGAUCCACAUCCUGGUCAACUCGGCAGGCGUCCUCGACGGCACGUACCCCUCCAUUGGGAACACCACCAUGGAGUCCUUCGACCACACCUUCGCGGUGAACACGCGCGGUGCGUUUGUGUGCGCGAGGGAGGCGACGAACCGGUUGAAGCGAGGCGGCGGGGGGCGGAUCAUUCUGGUGACGUCGUCGCAGGUGGCGGCGCUGCGGCCGGGGUUCGGUGUUUACGCUGCGUCGAAGGCUGCGGUGGAGGCGAUGGUGAAGGUUCUGGCGAAGGAACUGAAGGGAACGCAGAUCACGGCGAACUGCGUGGCGCCGGGGCCCAUCGCAACGGAGAUGUUCUUUGAGGGGAAGUCGGAGGAGACUGUGAAUAGGAUCGUGCAAGAGAGUCCUUUGGGGAGGCUGGGUGAGACCAAAGACGUGGCUCCUGUUGUGGGGUUCUUGGCCACUGAUGCUGCUGAAUGGGUCAACGGUCAAAUUGUUCGUGUCAAUGGCGGUUAUAUUUAAUCGACCUCUACUGUUUGAACUGAAUAAGAUGGAAAUAACAUGCCAGAGUUCACACACUCGUAUGUAUAAGUUUCCACUGAAUAAGUAUAAUCUCCCAAUUUCAUCAUUCA